GCGGGGGCGGGGGAAGCGGCGGGGCCCGGGCGGCGGACGGCACGGGGGCUGACAUCGCGCAGCGGGGACGAUGGAGGCGCAGGGCGGGCGCUGCAAGAUCGUGGUGGUGGGGGAUGCGGAGUGCGGCAAGACGGCGCUGCUGCAGGUGUUCGCCAAGGACGCCUACCCCGGGAGCUACGUCCCCACCGUCUUUGAGAACUACACGGCGAGCUUCGAGAUCGACAAGCGCCGCAUUGAGCUCAACAUGUGGGACACCUCAGGUUCCUCUUACUACGACAAUGUCCGGCCCCUGGCCUACCCAGACUCGGAUGCUGUGCUCAUCUGCUUCGACAUCAGCCGGCCAGAGACGUUGGACAGUGUCCUCAAGAAGUGGCAGGGGGAGACGCAGGAGUUCUGCCCCAAUGCCAAGGUGGUGCUGGUUGGGUGUAAACUGGACAUGCGGACAGACCUGGCCACCCUGCGGGAGCUGUCAAAGCAGAGGCUCAUCCCUGUCACACACGAGCAGGGCACUGUGCUGGCCAAGCAGGUGGGGGCUGUGUCCUACGUAGAGUGCUCCUCCCGGUCCUCAGAGCGCAGUGUCAGGGACGUCUUUCACGUGGCCACUGUGGCAUCCCUGGGCCGAAGCCACCGGCAGCUGCGACGCACUGACUCGCGCCGGGGCCUGCAGCGAUCCACCCCACUGUCGGGCCGGCCGGAGCGGGGUGGUGAGGGCGAGAUGCACAAGGACCGGGCCAAGAGCUGCAGCCUCAUGUGAGGGCCCGGAGGGCAAGGUGGGAGGGCACCUAGGCUUCAUCUGCGACCCCAGCCAGGAAGUUGCUAGGGCAGGGGGUGGGUGGCACCAUGCCUCAUCCUCUUUGUCUCUCUCUGCCGGAACUUGAGGGAGCUCAGUUUGGGCAUCAAGUGUGAGCCAGGAUGGACAAUGGCCACUCAGGAAGCCAGCGUCACGCAGUGACCUUGCUGUCUCCUCCGCAAAGGGCCCUCCCUCCUGCCCUGGCCCCACAGCCUGGCCCUGGCUCCUGUCCCCACGGCAAGAGUCAGUCUGUGAGCUCCAUUCCCGGUCCUCUCCUCCUCCUCAUUGCCUGCAUAGUGCUACCCCCAGACCCUACACCCAGCUAAGAGAAGCCCCUCUGCACACCCUCUGGACCUGGCCUCCCUUUCCCACCUGGGACAGUCCCGAAAUAAAGCCCAAGUCCUUGG